AUACUAGGACCACAGAAUCUCGAAAUUGAGCCAUAAUCUUACGAAGUUGCAACUCAAUUGAUCUAUUCGGAGCCUCACUAUACAAAGCUCCUGAGUGUAAAUGAAAUAGUUUCCGUCUCGGCAUUUGUUACACAAUUUGAGAGCAUACAUGUGUGUCACAAAGGAGUAUGUUGUUGGUGAGUCGUUGCGCAUGCGCUAAAUAGUGUACGCCACCAGCGCCUGAGUGACAUGUUGCAGGUGCAAGUUUUGAGCAAGCAUAGCCUUAAACGAGUACGUAUUAUGUUAAUAAAUAUUUGCACAUAACACAGCAUGCAAGUGUAUUUGAGCGUUUACAUUUCAUCGCCGAGCGUCACACACCGCACAACAUCGUAAAUAAUAUAAAGAAUGAAGCGCUUGCGCGAUCAGUAGUCAGUCGAAUGUAUAACGAGAAUGUUGCCGUUAGCAAACAGUUUGUACUCUAAGCGCAAGCUUUGCUACUUAAUGCUUGGCUGGAUGUUGCUCGUAACGGUCGUAAGUGCGCAGGGUCAACGUGAUCAGUUCAUCAUACGCGUUGCCGAACUACCCAAUGACUUGCCCAACGAAGCGGACGGCACUGCAAGUGUGGGCGGUGGGCUCAAUUUAAAUUUAGGCGAUUUCUCAAGCAAUGCAGGUUUGGGUGGUUUGACGGUUGGCGAUGCGUCGGCGCAACUACUGCAAGCGCCCGAUGUGGUAGUGGAGGGUCUGAACUUGCUGCAGCGCAACAAUUUGGUGGCCGCAGCUGGCAAUGCGCAAGCGCCUGGACCACAACAACGCGUGCGUCUGAAUAGCUAUUUGCGGCGACGUUGAGUCGACCGUACAGACAAUAGCAGAAUUAACGAAUAAUGAAUAAAAAAUCAAAUAUUCUUAUUAUUAUUAUUAUGCAGCAACUAUGCGAAUAACAUAAUUAUUACUUGCCUUCAGAAGUUGCACUAACUAUGCGCGCCAAUUCAAUGCAAACCUUUUUUUUUUCAUAUACUAAAGCUAAACUUAAGUGCGGCGCGCAAUUGUGAA